AUGGCGGCGCCGGCCUCUGAAGUUCCACCGCCGGACGAUAGGAUGGCGGACGGAGACCAGCAACAGAGGGCUACCAAGAAGUUUAGAACCGCAAAACGUUCCUUUGCCGAUACUGUGGCCUCUCAAGCCACAUUCACCACGAAGGAAACUCCCAGAGAGGAUGCCCACGACUGGGCCUUUGAAGAUCCGAUCAUCGCAUCCGACGAUGAGAUAGACAUGCAGGAUAAGGCGGAUGGACGACCGAGGGUCGUCUUCCCGAAAGAACUGAGGAAGGAGUUGUGCCAAGACUGGAAGUUGGCGUUGAUCAUCAAGUUUCUGGGAAAGAACGUAAGCUUCAGCGUGCUCAACCAACGCUUGCUGGCGAUGUGGGGACUCCAAGGACGUUUCCAUCUGAUCGAUAUAGGCUUUGGGUUCUUCGUAGCCCGUUUCGAUAACAAAACAGAUUAUCUUCACGUCCUCCUUGACGGACCCUGGAAGAUAUUUGACAACUACUUGGUGGCUCAAAGGUGGGAGCCGGAUUUCAAACCAAGAAUGGCAAAACUGAAAAAGAUGGCAGUAUGGGUACGGUUACCGGAGCUUUCGAUGGAGUACUUUAGAGAUGACACCGUAAAACUAAUCCUUGAAAACGUGGGGAAGCGGCUCAAACUCGAUCGUGCCACAGCCAUCAGGGAAAAGGGUAGGUUUGCGAGAGCCGCCAUUGAGGUAGAUCUCGACAAACCCUUAGUAACGGAGAUAUGGGUGCAGAACGAAGUGCAAAUGGUGGAAUAUGAGGGUCUCCACGUCGUCUGCUUUGGAUGCGGGGUGGUUGGUCACAGAGAACAAGACUGCCCUCUCAAUCAGCCGAAGCCCCAAGAACCACCCCCGAUGGAUCUUAACAGUCCACCAUCUGCCGAGAGGGAUGAAACCCAACAGCCGCCUACACCCUCGCCCACCCCGACGUCCUCGCCGCCGGCUGUGGCGGAGAGACCACGCUAUGGGUCUUGGAUGCUUGUUACGAGGAAACCAAGAAACUACAAUCAGAACAAUAAUCACCAACAAGCAAAACAAUCCCAGCCCAAUGCAAAAAGCAACCAUAAUCGCUUUCAAGCCCUCGCCAAUAACAAAGAGCGCUCAACCCCGAACAAGAGCUCCUCUAACAAGGGCAAACAGCCUGCGCAAGCGGGAGGUAACGGCAAAGGUAAGUCUUCCUCCCCUAUGAAUCCCCCUCCGAAUCGGCGGGGUGCUGUGCCCGUUGAAAGCCUUGUAGUGCCCCCAAAUAAUAGCAGGAACUCUGCGAACUCAAGUCGCAACCGUGGAGGGCACGCAGGAACGAAUAGAGGGAAAUCUGGAAAUCACAGGGGAGGUGGUGCCUCUACAAGUGGGAGUUUUCCUGCUGGGGGGAAUUGGCCUAGUAACUUGGAAACCAGUGGGGUUUUCCAAUUUGGCAGAUCAACACAGCUGCACAAUGUGUGCGACACGAAUGUUCAGGGCCAACAUGGUCCUCGGUCCUCUACUUGUCCGACGCCGGGGGAAGGCGGUCACCCAACUUCCCUCCCUGCCAAUAGCUCCACAUGA